ACAGAAAAGGCCGGAAAAAAGGUCAAAUUUUGUGAGUUUUAGCAAAUCUUUGACUUGUGGGAAAGUAUACGAUGAUCCAUUGAGGCGGACUGUACCUUUCGAUACACACACACACACACACAUAUAUCAACAGAUUUUUGAAAUCAUUUUUUUUUUCAUGAUCCUGCGUCUAUAUCUAAAGAAUGGCUUUGACUGCUUGUAAACAAGCAACUGGGACCAGCUGGGUACAAAGUAAUGUUGGCGAUUUUGGCUCUAGAACAGCAUUAAAGAAGCAUCAUUUGGGUUUACUAUUCAAGCAUGAAGGAUUCGAUAAAGUAUCACUACGAAAAAUAGCCUGGCCUGUGCAAAUAUGUACCACCCAAAGCUCUCGAUUUGAUUCUACCCUUUGUGAUUCAAUCACAACCUCCAUGCCUACCAAGGAUUCUGAAUUACUAUCGGCAAAUGAAUCAACUCUGAUCAUAGUUCGACAUGGAGAAUCAAUGUGGAAUGAAAAGAAUCUGUUUACUGGUUGCGUUGAUGUGCCGUUAACAAGAAAAGGUGUUGAAGAAGCAAUAGAAGCUGGCAAAAGAAUUAGUACAAUCCCGUUCGACAUUGUGUACACAUCAGCAUUGGUUCGUUCUCAAAUGACAGCUAUGCUUGCCCUCACACAACACUGCUGCCAGAAGGUUCCUAUAUUUAUUCAUAAUGAAAACGAAGAAGCAAAAAUUUGGAACCGAAUCUACAGUGAAGACACCAAAAAUCAGUCCAUUCCAGUUAUUAAAGCAUGGCAAUUAAAUGAGAGAAUGUAUGGUGAUCUACAAGGGCUUAACAAGCAAGAAACUGCUGAAGUAUUUGGUAAAGAGCAAGUUUACAAAUGGCGUAGAAGUUAUGAAGUACGGCCUCCCAAUGGGGAAAGCUUGGAAAUGUGCUUAGGAAGAGCUGUUACGUACUUUAAAGACAAUAUUGAACCUCAACUAAUGGCUGGAAAGCAUGUGAUGGUUGUUGCUCAUGCAAAUUCCCUGAGGUCUAUUAUUAUGUAUCUUGAUAAUCUAACUCCUCAAGAGGUUAUCAACUUAGAGCUUUCUACCGGUGUGCCAAUGUUGUACAUCUAUAAGGAUGGAAAGUUCAUCAGGAGGGGCAGUCCUCCAGGACCCAAGGAGGCUGGCGUUUAUGCUUAUACUUCGAAUUUGGCACUUUAUAAGGAAAAGUACGAUGAGAUGCUGCAAGGAACCGUUAGAAAAAGAUGAGUUUGGAUGUUUUUAUCUUAAUUUGUUCUUCUAUCUUUUAAAACCAUAUAGAUUGAUUCACUGUCAUCGAGUAACAUGAACUCCAAAAUCAUAUGUAUAUCUGGGCAUUUAAACUAAUUAGAAUGUGUGUUGGGAGUUUGUACACUCCCGUAAAUGUAGGUUUUAAAAUACCUGACCAAAGGGGAUGCUAUAUAGUUUCUGGGAGGGAAGAAACAUGUCACAUAAAAUUUUACAGACCACAGCGAAGGCAGUUUGUGUAAUAAA